CGGAUACGGGUACCGCAGUGCCAACAGACAGCGGAAAGGAAGCAGAUGUGAUUUCUCUUUGAAUUAAUUUUGACUUCUGUUUUUUCAAAGAGUUAACCGGCUCCUGGUUGAGUCGCAUGUCUCAGUCGUUGGGAAUCAGCGGGGAGAUAUCCGGCAGCAUGAGUGGAGUGAUAUGUGCGCAAUUUGAGAAGGAAGUGGUUCGGAAACAUCGCUCCGGCCUGGAGUAGGCUCCUGUGUGACGGACUGAGCGGUCCUGCCACCCCUCCCCUCCCCGCAAUGAUAAACCUUCCGUGUUAGCGAGAAAAUCAUCCCUCCUGACUUUAACCAUGGAAGACAAUUAUGAAUAUCCUUAAUCGGUAUUAUAGCACUGAGCCCGUAGUGUGACGGUUUCAGUAUGCCCGACCGGCGGUGCUCCUUAAAGUUCUCUGUUGCCUGAUAGUAACGGCACGAGCCUGCUUUUUCCAUCUGGAAAUUUCCUGGCAGGGGGGAAGCAGGCCAGUUAGCAUAGCUAGCUUUAGCCCUUUCCGCGCUGCAUCUCGCAACUUGGAUGGAAGAGCUUUUUCCAAGACCACGCCACUGACAUUUAUGGCUCUCAAUUCGAGGACAUUUAACUCUUAAAAGUAUUCUAUGGGAUUGAUAUCGGCGGAAGAGAAGCAGGCCUAAGCCAAAAUGAUGAAUUGGAGGCGACUGCUUCGAAUCUCCAACCGAUCGUUCCUGGCCUUCAUAUUCUUCUUUUCUAUGUCUACAACCUGUCUCUACUUCAUUUAUGUGGCCCCUGGAAUAGCCAACACAUACUUCUUCAUGGUGCAGGCUCAAGGCAUCAUGUUGAGGGACAAUGUACGGACCAUUGGCCAGAUGAUCAGAUUGUACACCAACAAGAACAGUACACUUAAUGGGACUGACUAUCCAGAUGGCAGUAACUCCAGUGAAUAUCUGGCCCAGCCUACUACAUACCUCCCUGAGAACUUUACCUAUACCCAGAACAUGCCCUGCCCUGAAAGAUUACCUUCUAUGAAGGGUCUUAUGGAAGUGAACAUGACAGAGAUCCCCAUGGAGGAGAUAGAACUGAAGUUCUCUAGGUUUUUUGACAUUCAAUUUGGAGGCCACUGGAAACCAAAGGACUGCAGACCUCGUUGGAAGGUGGCAGUCCUGAUUCCGUUCAGAAACCGCCAUGAACAUCUACCCAUCCUCUUCCAACACCUUAUCCCCAUGCUGCAGAGACAGCGCCUGCAGUUUGCCUUUUAUGUCAUCGAACAGAUCGGUAGCCAGCCCUUCAACAGAGCCAUGCUGUUUAACGUGGGAUUUCUGGAGGCCAUGAAGGACUUGGACUGGGACUGCUUCAUUUUCCAUGACGUUGACCACAUCCCCGAGAAUGACCGGAACUACUACGGCUGUGGUCAGAUGCCACGCCACUUUGCUGCCAAGCUGGACAAAUAUAUGUACAUUCUCCCAUACAGUGAGUUCUUUGGUGGCGUGAGUGGACUUACUGUGGGGCAGUUCCGUAAGAUCAAUGGUUUUCCCAAUGCAUUCUGGGGCUGGGGAGGAGAGGACGAUGACUUAUGGAAUAGGGUUCAUUAUGUUGAUCUGAAUGUCACCAGACCAGAGGGAGAGAUCGGCAAGUACAAGUCCAUCCCUCAUCAUCACAGAGGAGAGGUGCAGUUUCUUGGGAGGUAUAAACUGCUGAGGUAUUCCAAAGAACGACAACACCUGGAUGGCCUCAACAACCUCCAUUACAGCCCUCACAUCUCCCUCAGCAGCCUCUACAAGAACAUCUCGGUGGACCUGUAUCCUGACCUGGCUCCCAUCACAGACUAUUGAACGCAGCCAAACCUUCACUGGACUCCCCCCAGCUCAACCACCUCUUCCUGCUGGGGUCAUGCUGCCCCCACCAGGAUGUCAGACGUGGAGCUGUGGAGGAGGGGACGGAGACGCAAGUUAGGAGGGGAGUGCACCAUGUGAUGCUGCCAAGAAAUCUUAAUGUGGCAAAAAAUAAAUAAAUAAAAAACAGAUUUGGGGUUAAAAAAAAAACAAUGAAACAUGAAGGGACAGCAACAAGUCCCUAAAAGUGAACUGUUGAUUGUGUUUGUCAGUGUGUGUGUGGGUGAGUGAGUGAGUGUGUGUGCGCCUGAUGUGUUGCUGCAUGUCUUUCUGCUCAUUCUAGUGUAACUACAGUGGACAUGAGUCUUGGUUUCAGUUGGGGGAGCAGCAGCAUCUCAACACUGAUGUUUACUGCAAAGCCUUAAUGUGGCAGAACCACAGCUCUGCUCAGAUCUGCACUGCUUCACUUCUGAUCCAUCACCGCCACCUUAAAGCCAACAAACCAGUUCUGCUUUCUUUCUAUUAUCAAUCGUUUUAUACAUAUCAUUUUGAUUGGUCGCAGUAUUUCUUCAGGAAGAAAACAGUUGUAUUUGUUCAAGAUGUACAUUUUUGUUUUUUUCUUUUUUUUUUUGUUAUUUUUGAUUUUCAUACGUUGUAUUUAUUUUCUCGGAUUCAGGACGUUUGAAAAGAUACUCCUGUCUCUGUCGAUGUAUUUGCUGUUUGUUUUGCUGCACUGCUGCUGAAUCCACAUUAACAUGUAUGUAAAUAUCAACUUCUUAAAGCUCGAACACAGAACAGAGAGAUGUAAAUAUGGGCCUUUACAUGGUCUUACUAGUCCAGUGGGUUUGAAUUUUGUUUUUGGCAGCUACAUUUUGUUUUGAGAACUUAACAAGAGUGAUGAGUUUCUUCCCUUAUUAGGAAGAUCUAACAAUGUUUGACUCAAAAGUAUCCAAAUCUAAAGAUAUGUCAUAUUUUUUUGCAUGCCUUAAUUUAUUAAGUUGACCUUUUGUUCCUUUCAGAUAGGAAAAAAAACAUCAGGUGGAGAUGUGUAUAUUUUUAAUGUUGCCUUUUGUUGUGCUUUAUUUGAGGUGCACUGUGUGAAGUGUAGAGCUGCUACUCAGUAGGAGACGAGAGUGACUGCGUCUUUCCUACAUGAUUUUGUUAAAGGAAAAGAGUUGGACAAUACAGGAUGCUUUAGUGCCAGUUCAUGGUCUCAUGCCAGUGUAUGUUUUUGUCUCAGAUUUUUUUUUUUUUCUUUUUUUUUUAUGAUUUAUUAAAAUGGUUUUUAGUGCUGAA